AUGAAGAAUCACACAGUAGUGAUCAAGUUCAUCCUGAUGGGAAUACCCCACACCAAGGGACUGGAGAUAGAGCUCUUUAUCCUGUUUCUGACAUUCUACCUCCUCACCCUGCUGGGGAAUCUACUUAUCUUCAUGGCUAUUAUCUCCUCUUCCCAGCUUCACACCCCCAUGUAUUUCUUCCUGGCAAAUCUAUCUGUGUUUGACAUAUUUUUUCCUUCAGUAAGUUCUCCUAAAAUGUUGCUCUACCUCACAGGAUAUAGUCACACUAUCUCCUUCCAUGGUUGUGCAUCUCAACUAUUCUUCUACCAUUUUCUGGGCUGUACCGAGUGUUUCCUUUAUACUGUGAUGGCCUAUGACCGCUUUACAGCCAUCUGUCACCCAUUAAGGUAUACAGUUAUUAUGAACCAAAGGGUGUGUGCUGUCCUGACUGUGGGUACUUGGUUGGGGGGAUGUCUGCAUGCAGCUGUACUUACAUUUCUAAUCUUUAAAUUACCCUACUGUGGCCCAAAUGAGAUAAACUAUUUCUUUUGUGAUAUCCCUGUAGUGUUGCCCCUGGCUUGUGCUGAUACCUCUCUAGCCCAGAUGGUGAGUUUCAUCAAUGUUGGUAUUGUGGCUCUUCUAUGUUUCCUGCUCAUUGUUACUUCAUACAUUCGCAUUGUGUUCUCCAUAUUGAAAAUCCACUCAUCAGAGGGCAGGCGCAGAGCCUUUUCCACCUGCAGUGCCCACCUGACUUCCAUACUCUUGUUCUAUGGUCCUGUGGUUCUCAUAUAUCUCAGACCUGCUUCUACUCCUUGGCUGGAUUCUGUGAUUCAGGUAUUGAAUAAUAUUGUCACACCCUCCCUGAAUCCCUUGAUUUAUACACUGAGGAACAAGGAAGUGAAAUCAGCCUUGAAAAAAGUGCUAUUCCAAGUAGUAAACUCUUCAGCAUUAUGA